GCAAAGAAACAACAAAAAAAAAAGCAAGUGAAAAAUCAGCACUGUACAAGAGGAAAGUUCUCAUGAGAUUUUUUCAGUCUAUAGCAGAUUUUCAACAAAGCAGAACCCAAUAAGACGUCUAAAAACAGAGCAAUACAUUUAAAUAUUACCAAAGAUGUCAUUGUUAAAACGUUUCGAUGAUGAAGAACGCGAAUCGACCUAUGGCCGAGUUUAUGCAGUAUCUGGACCAGUUGUGACUGCUGAAUGCAUGUCGGGAUCUGCUAUGUACGAAUUAGUGCGUGUGGGCUACUAUGAGUUGGUGGGAGAGAUUAUUCGUUUGGAGGGAGAUAUGGCCACCAUACAGGUGUAUGAAGAAACAUCGGGUGUAACGGUGGGUGAUCCCGUUUUACGUACUGGCAAACCUUUGUCAGUUGAAUUGGGCCCCGGCAUUAUGGGCAGUAUUUUCGAUGGUAUUCAAAGACCUUUAAAAGAUAUUGGCGAAAUGACCAGCUCAAUUUAUAUACCCAAGGGUGUGAAUGUACCUGCUCUAUCGCGUACCGUAUCCUGGGAAUUUAGUCCCACAAAUGUUAAGGUUGGCUCUCACAUCACCGGUGGCGAUUUGUUUGGUGUGGUACAAGAGAAUACUUUGGUUAAGCAUCGCAUGAUUGUGGCGCCUCGAGCCAAGGGUACAAUAAAAUACAUUGCACCACCUGGUAAUUAUAUGGUAGAGGAUGUGGUAAUGGAAACUGAAUUCGAUGGAGAGAUUUCAAAACAUACUAUGUUGCAAGUGUGGCCCGUACGUCAACCCAGACCCUGUACAGAAAAAUUACCAGCCAACCAUCCCUUGUUUACGGGCCAACGUGUUUUGGACUCUCUGUUCCCUUGUGUACAAGGUGGUACCACAGCUAUUCCGGGAGCUUUCGGUUGUGGCAAGACUGUUAUUUCACAGGCUCUAUCAAAAUACUCCAACUCUGAUGUCAUUAUUUAUGUGGGCUGCGGAGAGCGAGGCAAUGAAAUGUCUGAAGUAUUACGAGAUUUCCCCGAGUUGACUUGUGAAAUCGAUGGCGUUACCGAGUCCAUCAUGAAGCGCACAGCUUUAGUAGCCAACACUUCCAACAUGCCAGUAGCUGCCCGUGAGGCCUCUAUCUACACCGGCAUUACACUGUCCGAAUAUUUCCGUGAUAUGGGCUACAAUGUGGCAAUGAUGGCCGAUUCUACCUCCCGUUGGGCAGAAGCUCUACGUGAAAUUUCGGGUCGUUUGGCUGAAAUGCCUGCCGAUUCGGGCUAUCCUGCAUAUUUGGGUGCUCGUCUGGCUACAUUUUAUGAACGAGCUGGUCGUGUCAAGUGUUUGGGUAACCCCGAACGUGAGGGUUCCGUGUCUAUUGUUGGUGCUGUAUCUCCUCCCGGUGGUGAUUUCUCAGAUCCUGUUACUUCUGCCACCUUGGGUAUUGUUCAAGUGUUCUGGGGUCUAGAUAAAAAAUUGGCCCAACGCAAACAUUUCCCCUCCAUCAAUUGGUUGAUAUCCUACUCCAAGUAUAUGAGAGCUUUAGAUGAAUACUAUGACAAAAAUUUCCCCGAAUUUGUGCCCCUACGUACCAAAGUUAAGGAAAUUCUGCAAGAGGAAGAAGAUCUCUCCGAAAUUGUGCAAUUGGUGGGUAAGGCUUCUUUGGCCGAAACCGAUAAAAUCACUUUGGAGGUGGCCAAGCUGUUAAAAGAUGAUUUCUUGCAACAAAACUCAUAUUCACCCUACGAUCGUGUAUGUCCCUUUUACAAAACUGUGGGCAUGCUAAGAAAUAUGAUUACUUUCUAUGAGCUGGCCAGACAUGCUGUAGAGUCCACAGCACAAUCGGAUAAUAAAGUCACCUGGAAUACCAUUAGAGAAUCCAUGGGCAAUAUCAUGUACCAAUUGUCCUCUAUGAAAUUUAAGGACCCCCUCAAGGACGGUGAAACUAAAAUUAAAUCCGAUUUUGAACAACUACAUGAGGAUAUGCAACAGGCUUUCAGAAAUCUAGAGGACUAAACAGCUACUCUCUAUAUAAGUUAGUUCCACACAAAGUUGCUGAGUAAAUGAAAAGUAUUUUCUUCUUGUUUUUGUUCCCCUAAAAAAAAGAGGCCACUUGAAAUGAAUGAUAAACAAACCUGAACAAUAAUAGAAACUAAAAUAAACCAAUUCUGUUGGUUACAUCUUUAAAUUUAAAACUAUACAUAUAAUAAAUAUACCUAAUACAUAGUACAUAUUAAUGUACAGCCAUAAAAAUUAGUCAAAUAUAUAAAUAAUGGUUGGAAAUUUAAUUCAAUGUUUUUUUUUUGUUUCUCAUUUUCUUUGUGAAAUAUGUUGUUUUUUUUCUACUUAUACGUGUUGCUUGUUUUAAAACGAAAUGAAUAAAUAAAUCUUAAAUGUAAAUUUCUAAAAGUUGAUUAUAUUUAUCUCAUAAAUAUGUAUAUUAUUAUAUAUAAAAUAUUUGCUAAUUAUUACAAAUCUUUAAUAUCGAUUUAUAAACGAAACCAAAAUCGAACGUUAUGAAAACGACAAGAAAAACUACCCCUUCUAAUUUAAAUUUUACCAAGAACAACAACAAAACUUACGUUAUUUAAAUGUUAAAAGACACAAAUCUAUGUAAAUCUAAUAAAAGAAAACAAUAUAAAUAAAUUAUAUUAAAGUUAUAUAUCUAUUAA